AUGAAGUCUACUUUACGGCUCUUGGCGAAAUCUACAAAAGCAAGCAAGAAAACCGGUCCUAGCGUUCGUGAUGAAUCUGUGCAACUUCUGAGAAGCGUAUUAUUUGAAGUCCCUAAUGAAAAUGCCAUUCAUAUGGACAAGGAAUCAUGGAAAAAGCACGAAAUCAUAAAUAGAGCUUGGGGCAUCUAUCAGAGCAGAAAGGAAAAAGAAUUAGGACCAAUGCAGGAUGCUUGUGAAGAACUUCGUUUAACCAGCGAAACUCUGUUUAAUGCCUCUAUGACUGGAUCUAAAAGUCGCAGAUUUCCCAUUCAAACACGGAUACCAACAGAUACUCCCCCAAGAUUUAUGAAUUAA